CAGGUGGGGUUUUGGCGCCCGGUCGGCCCUGUCCAAGUAGUUACUUAUCAUAGCGGAUUUCCCGACAAUAGCCUCGUUUUGCCAGACGUAGAUAAAGUGUCCCAUGCAACGCAUUGUCUUUUCUCAACGACUCUUUACUACUACAAGACUUUUGUGCGUUGAGAGAGCUACCACUACUACUACCUUCACUCCUUCGAUAACGAGAUUGCCAAUUCGACACCAAACCAUUGCAACUGAGCAACGAAGAAAAAUGUCAGAAAUCAAGAAAGUAUCCACUGCCAACGCUUGCCCUCCUGCGGGACCCUACUCCCAGGCCAUCAUCGCCGGCCCUAGCAUCUUCGUCUCAGGCCAGAUCCCCGCGGACACAAAGGGCAACCUGAUCGAAGGCAGCAUCGCAGACAAGACCAAGAUGUGCUGUGAGAACAUCAAGGGCAUUCUUACCGAGGCGGGUGUUGGUCUAGACCGCGUCGUCAAGGUCAACGUCUUCCUCGAUGACAUGGCCCAUUUCGCCGAAAUGAAUGGCGUCUUCGAACAGUACUUUUCGCACAAGCCUGCGCGCAGCUGUGUUGCGGUUAAGCAGCUGCCAAAGGGUGUUCCCGUCGAGAUUGAGUGCAUUGCUUAUAACGGCUAAAUGACGAUGGAAAUGCGCGUCGGGGAUAAAGGGGAAUAGGAGGGUGAGAUGUGGGG